GAUUACAAAAAUGUUACGAUUAGCACUAGUACAAAUGUUUGUGAGUGCCGAUAAAGCUGCCAAUAUAAAACAUGCCUCUGAAUUAAUUAGUCGAACUGUUACUGAGCAUUCACCACAUUUAGUAUGUUUACCGGAAUGUUUCACAUGUCCUAUUGGUGCAAAAUAUUUUGAACCUUAUGCAGAAACUGUACCGAAUGGUCCAUCAUGCCAGAUGUUAUCGAAUGCUGCCAAGUAAAUCACAUAAAAUAUGGCUUGUUGGUGGUUCUAUCCCUGAACGUGGUUCUGAUGGUAAAGUUUAUAAUUGUUGUGCAACAUACAAUCCAGACGGUGAACUAGUUGGUUUAUAUCGUAAACUACAUUUAUUUGAUAUUGAUAUACCAGGUCAAUUCACAUUUAAAGAAUCCGCUUCACUUAGCUCGGGCAAAGAAACAUUCUCAUUUGAAAUACCAUUAAAAAAUGCUGAGAAUAAAAUGUCUGUUAUACGUGUUGGCAUUGGUAUAUGUUAUGAUAUACGUUUCCCUGAAUUAUCAUUACUCUAUGCUAAUCAAUUAGGUUGUCAAUUACUUUUAUUCCCAGCUGCAUUCAACCCGAAAACUGGAUCAUUACAUUGGGAAUUAUUGGGUAGAGCACGUGCUUUAGAUACACAAUGUUAUGUUGGAUUAUGUAGUCCAGCUUGUAAUUUGGAAUUAGAUUAUAUUAGUUAUGCUGAAUCAUUAAUCACUUCCCCAUGGGGUGCAGUGAUAGCUAAAGGUGGUAAAGAGGAAGAAAUAAUCACAGCAGAUUUAGAUUUUUCUGAAUUGAAAUGUGUUCGUGAAAGUAUUCCAAUCGGUCGACAAAGACGUUUAGAUAUUUAUAAUACACCGAAAUUAGUGAAAAAACAAUCGUAGAAAAAAUAUUUCUCUUCCUACUGUUUUUAUUAUUAUUGAUUCAAUUCGAUUUGUGAUAUAUAUUUUUUUGACUGUUAAUCAAUCAUUCUGCACUUUACAAAUUUUUACAUUGAAUUAUGUAUUAUUUACACACACAAUGUUACUUUUGUUUAAUAUGAAUAAAGAAAAUAUUUUUCAGGCCGA